ACGACCGCGUGCUCGCUUUAAAAGUCUGGGGUUGGAAUCCCAAGACCUUGACGCUCGAAUCCCUCCUUUCACCUCGAGCUCUCCCUUUCUACAAACUGGUCGAUCCUACGCUGACCGACCCAUCACCACGCCCUUCUCUACCUCCCCUGCCUAAUUCUGCUGCCUCAUUGCGCCCCCUGUUGCCCACCAUGUCCAAGACGUUCACGCAGAGCGACGUCGCGUCACACAACAAGCCGAAUGACCUGUACAUCAUUGUCGACGGCGACGUUUACGAUCUCACCAAGUUCCAAGAUGAUCAUCCCGGUGGCAAGAAGAUCUUGACUCGCGUCGCUGGCAAGGACGCCUCGAAGCAGUUUUGGAAGUACCACAACGAGGGCAUCCUGAAGAAGUUCCAGGCGCAGCUGCAGGUCGGCUCGCUGGACACCAAGAAAAAGGCCGAGCCCGCGCCGGCCGCUGCGCCCGCGCCCGUCGUGAAGCAGGCUGCUAAGCCUGUCAAGAAGGCUGCGGCAGGAGAGGAGUCGGAAGCCCAGGACCCCUUUGGACCCCUGAUUCCCUUUGGCGACCCGAGUUGGUACCAGAGUUACCAUUCGCCCUACUACAACGAGUCGCACGCCGCACUCCGGGCCGAGGUUCGCGAGUGGAUCGAGACUGCGAUCGAGCCCAAUGUCACCGAGUGGGACGAGAAGAAGGAGGCGCCGGCCGAGAUCUACAAGGAGAUGGGCCGCCGCGGCUACCUGGCCGGUCUUCUUGGCACCAAAUACCAGACCAAGCACGUGGACAACCCGGUCAAGUGCGUAGCACCCGAGGACUGGGACCUGUUCCACGAGCUGGUGAUCACGGACGAGCUGUCGCGCGCGGGGUCGGGAGGCUUCGUGUGGAACGUCAUCGGUGGCUUUGGCAUCGGGUGCCCACCACUGGUCAAGUUUGGCAAGAAGCCGCUCGUGGACCGCAUCCUGCCCGGUAUCCUCAAUGGCGACAAGCGCAUCUGCCUGGCCAUCACUGAGCCGGACGCGGGCUCCGACGUGGCCAACCUGACGUGCGAGGCCAAGCUGAGCGAGGACGGCAAGCACUACAUUGUCAACGGCGAGAAGAAGUGGAUCACCAACGGCAUCUGGUCCGAGUACUUCACCACGGCCGUCCGCACCGGCGGCCCUGGCAUGGGCGGCGUCAGCCUGCUUCUCAUCGAGCGCAGCAUGGGUGGCGUGUCGACGCGUCGCAUGGACUGCCAGGGCGUUUGGUCCAGCGGCACCACCUACGUCACAUUUGAGGAUGUCAAGGUGCCUGUCGAGAACCUGCUGGGCAAGGAGAACCAGGGAUUCAAGGCCAUCAUGACCAACUUCAACCACGAGCGCGUUGGCAUCAUCAUCCAGUGCCUGCGCUUCUCCCGCGUGUGCUACGAGGAGUCGGUCAAGUACGCCAACAAGCGUCGCACCUUUGGCAAGAAGCUGAUUGAGCACCCGGUGAUCCGGCUCAAGCUGGCACACAUGGCGCGCCAGAUCGAGGCGUCGUACAACUGGCUCGAGAACGUGGUCUACCAGUGCGAGAAGAUGGAUGACACGCAGGCCAUGAUGGUGCUCGGCGGGCCCAUCGCCGGCCUCAAGGCGCAGGCGACGGUAACGUUUGAGUUUUGCGCGCGCGAGGCCAGCCAGAUCUUUGGCGGCCUGUCUUAUUCACGCGGCGGGCAGGGCGGCAAGGUCGAGCGGCUGUACCGCGACGUGCGCGCGUACGCCAUCCCCGGCGGCAGCGAGGAGAUCAUGCUCGACCUGAGCAUACGGCAGAGCAUGCGCGUCGCCAAGAUGAUGGGCAUGAAGAUGUGAUGUUGGUUCCUUGUACCACCUUCUCCUUGUAAUUCGAGCACGCCGUGUAUGAAGUUUCUUGGGUUAUGUCGAAUCUCUCUCAUGUUCUUUCAUCUACGUUCGCUAUAUCUAGACCAGCAUUGUAUGCCAUCAUGUCAUCUGCUGUCUCAGUGUUGACGUCUUGCUGAUAUCGGCAGCGGAGUUCUAACAUUUAAUCUCACUAGCCGCGCAAGUUUCUUGAGGGUUGCCUAUCUGUAUCUAUAUUUCACGUGAAAAGCAGUCGAGGUUGUGG